AGUCUCGACAGAAGCCCGAACCAUGUUGGUAUCUAUUUUGUUGGUAUCUUGGACAUACAGUGCAGCAUUAGGCUCAGGAUCAUUUGAAGGAUCCUCCUUCUUGCUGAGUUACACACCAACAGGGAGAACAGAUGUACUGGAACACAUGUACUUAUAUCUGACAGCCAACCAGAACGGCACCAGCUGCAACGUGACAUCGGGAUCAGGUUCAUCCACCAUGUUGCUAGAUACCAGUUUCCACCGGUAUAAUCUGCCUGAAACAAAUCACAUUAGCACAUUUGGCAUAUACCGGAAGAGUGCAGUUGAAGUUAGCUGUACAGGUGUUGUGCAAGUGUAUGCAUUGUUUGAUACUUUAACGGCUGCAACUUGUGCCUUUGGCGUCAUUCCGGUGUCAUCCCUGUCCACUGACUAUAUCGUUCCCUCUGUGAAUACUAACCCCACAUUGUCGAUAGCGGCAUCUUCAGACAACACGACCGUGGCAGUGCUCUUCACAUCAAAGUGUUCCUUCAGUUAUCAGAACAAUAUGUACCAUAACGGAGACAAUAUUACAGUAUUGUUAAACAGCCGGGAUGUUUUUCACAUUGCACACUUUGGAACCUCCCCGUCAUCCAAAUGUGAUUAUCAUGGUACACGGGUAUUCAGUACAAGUCCAGUGGCUGUAUUUUAUGGCUCAGGUUACACCACUGUCGACAACGCUUGCAAUGUGAAGUUACUAGACCAAAUAACGCCUGUAAGUUCUCUAGGAAAGGAUUAUGUUAUUCCUUUCACUGAUCAAAUGGACGUGAAUCAGGUUCGAAUAUUUGCACCUCAAGUUAACACGUCCAUUACUCUGACUGAAGGUGACAAGCAUUCUUCCUUCUCACUGCAACCCGGGCAGAUCCAUGUCCACAGCUUUGUUGAUGAUACUAUUGUUACCAUAUCAAGUUCUAGGCCUAUUAGUGUACAAAAAUUCGCAGGAGCUUAUGCUAAGUGUACAGCUUUGUCGUCAAUAGUACCACCAAUCAAUAAAUAUGGACACGAGUAUACUGUUCCAGAUCUUCAAGGAUACAACCACACAUUCACUCGUCAGCUUAGCAUUGUCGUAGACAGCAAUUGUACAAAUCAAAUUAGUGGUAACAGCCACUGGCGGAACGUAUCUGUUGGUGGUCAUCAGUAUUCUGUCACAACAUUACGAGCUCCGGCCACUCUGACCCAUCUGAACACGACCCCGGACUGCAGGUUCGGCAUUCACGUUUAUGGACGCAGCUCAGUUGGAGGCUAUGACUAUAAUGCUGUUCCUAUGUCAGAUGGUUCCUCUAACGAAAACAAUCUUCAGAAAGCAUUUACUUUGGUCUGUGAGACGAACAACUGGGUGGUGGAAGUGAACAUGGACAUGUUUGGUGCUGACGACCACUCUUCCUCAAAUAUCUUCAUGUCGACUGGAAUCUGUCAUGGCAUUGUCAGAGGACAUGUUCUGGUAUUCAACUACACCUACUCUGAUUGCAAUACACAUAUGAAGGAAAAUGGCACCGAUUACAUUUUUACAAACUACCUUGUUGAAUACCACGUUGAUCCUCUGACAAGCCUCGCAGACCGCGUCCUGUGGCGCUACGACAUUCAAUGUCUUCGUCCUCGCCAUGAGGUGGACUUCGUCACUGUCUCCCCAGUUGACGUCAACAACGCCAUCCAUGUCCAGUCCUCCAGCAAAGUCAAAGGUCACCAAGCGGACAUCAAACUAUUCAACGACAGCAGUUUCACCAAUCAGAUAUCAGAGAACCAUGUGUCUGUGAACGUGGGGGCUCGUGUUUACGUCCAAGUUCAAACCAAGAGCACUGCAGAUGUUAAACUGGUGGUUGACAACUGUUAUAUCAGCCCUGACAACAGGAGAGAUAACUCUACCAUGGUGUCUCUUAUUAUGGACAGAUGUGAGUCGAAUCAUUUCGUGCACAUUAUUGGAUCUGCGGACAAGGCCACCCGCUUCUCUUUCGACAUGUUCGAGAUUCCCCGCCGACACGACUUCGUCUACGUCACAUGUGACGUCAGCUUCUGCGACGUCAUGGACUUCUCUCAGGAGUGUCAAAACGGCUGUAAUCAACUGCAUCCAUGAAAAAGAGCACAUCAUGUCCAUUGC